AUGUUUGUGCUGACCAAGUUCGCCUGGACUCCGCCCUCGACCCCGGUAUAAAGGCCUGCGACUUUUCUUACAGGCUGUCGCUUCAGGCAAAAAGUAACAGGUGUUAUUCGAUAGGCAAGCUGGAGUAGUUGUCGACUCUGUUUGCUGAAAAGAGGGACGGUUACAGUUAGAGAACGCCUUCGGGAGUCAAAACGCUCACUAAUAUAUGUUUUCACAGGUUCUUGGUAGACAACAAAAAAUGGUUUUUGUUGCUGACUUUAGCGCCGCCACUGCCACUGCUACUGUGGCCUAAACUGAGCGGCAGGUUGUCAGAUUUUCGUUCAUUCGUAUGCUAUUCUUCUGAGCAUCGGAUUUUAAAAGACGUUACUGUCAGAGGCCAAAUUAUCAGGGGCGCCCAUGCAUUUCUGUGCUAUUCAUUGGAAAAAUCUAAUAUCUGAUUGAGUAUAUUGGCAUUCAAACGGCACCCCCCCUGUACUGAUAGGAAUUGCUUUUAUUUAUAACUGAAACACUGUCAACGACACAUUGAAUUCCUCCUAACGCUAAGUAAAUAAUUUUUAUCAAAGCAAAGUUUUGCUAUCAGUAAAAUGAUAAUGCGCCCAAAAUUGUGCUUUAGCUGCAUGGAGGAGCAAACACUCAAGCUGUUGGAUGCUCGUGAACUUCAAGAUCCACCGCCAUACCACAGGUUGAUUCCAGCAGUGGCGUGCGCGUGAAGUUGUUUAUAAGGAAACAGACUUGUGCUGCGCACCCCUCGCUCUCUCCGAUCAAACUCUGACGGCGAGACAUUGUAAACACGACUAGUGAUGAGUGUGAGCGCAGCGACGGACGAAACCGCAAGCCCCGGCUACGCGGGCCACUCACGAUCUGCUCUACGUGUGCCAAGCCGUUUCUGGGGUCUCACAUCUCACAUAACUGAGGGCGUCAUAAAGGUCGCUGCAAGGGGGAGGGAUUGAAGCCUGGUCCCCCGUCCUGGAGAGGACCAAGCUACACCCUGGUUUGGUAAAUUUUAAAGUCACGACGUUAAACACGUCGUGGUAGAUUCGAGCACGCCAGAUUUAUUUAACCGAAGAGUAUGCUAAUGUGCUCUAAGGAUGGCCCUCCCAGCAUCGACUUCGUCGCUUUUUUCCUUGUCAGAUGCCAGUAACUCGUUCGAGUCAAUCUGACUGGAAUUGGGACCGCACUUGAACUAACCGUUAAUCGCUUGCCAGGCACGGACUCGAAAUUCGAAUGAGUGGGAGUGCCAAAACGGCCACGAAUAAAAAAUCGUCUUCAGUAAUUGCUCGGCAGGUCCUCGCGUCCAGUCUAUGUAUUUGUAAACUAUCAGCGCUUACAAGAAAACACUUUUUAGAGGUCAGCAGCCGAGCAACUGUUAUUGAGGGCCCAUUGAAAUGCCGCCCUAAAAUGUCAGGUAACAGAAAAAGGGAGUGCUGUAAUUUGAACAAUACGGAAAUUCACGUUUUUUCUCCGAGAGAUAACUUAAUGUAUGCUUCUCAAUAUAAUUUUAGAAAUAAUUGGAGUAAACAACGCCCUCGAGGAAUUCUCAUGGUUUCCUUGAAUCUGGGUUACUAUCUCAGGUAGCACUGGCCGCUGGGGAGGCCGUCCUGUGUGGCCAACGUAUCGAGCUGCGCUUUAGGUGCACAGGACCAAAAAGGGAGUCAGUCUGGUUCACGGCAAGCGCUUCUCGGGCAGCUUAGAGUCCGCGCCAGCCCAUACCUACUGUCGUACAUGUGCUUGGCACGCUUUAGACGUAGGCCUUCACGUCGUGUCGACCACUACAACCAAUCCCUUCGCACGUUGUUAGGCAAACUCGAACAGUCGGCUAAGAAAUGGAAUAGGGAAGAGAAGGAGAGAGAGAAAGUGAGAUCAACACUGGGAACUCCACCCCGGGGACAUGGGCGCAUUCCUUACUACAAUAAAUCUGACGCUUGAACCAAUCCAGAGUUCUGACUUUGAAGGUGGCCAACCGAUGGGUCAGACUGCGGUAGCGCCCUUUUACAUGCGACCAUUAUGACACUCUCACGCCUGUGAGAUCAGAACCGCUCUGGGCAGAUGCCUGGCGCAUUUAAUGAGAACCGCCUCGUUCGUGGCAGGCGUAGACGGUCGAUUUAGCCUUGGCAACUGGUCCGCAGGUAUGCCUCUCUAUAGGUAUAUUUACGUGCAAGUUGCCGGUGCUGCGUGAACUCCAUCGGAGCUCGCGAUGGGCGUCAGCGUUCGCAACAGACUUUAACUCUUGGAUGUGUUCAAUUCUUCACCCAUAUUGACUCCAAACAUACCACCUUUCAUUCCCCGUAGACAAAUGAAUCCGUCUCCUCCUCCGCCUCUUCCUUCUCCGAGCGAGUGCGCGAAACAUUCUCCUGCGACCAGUGUCAGAAGAUUUUUUCAAAGCACAGUUCUCUCGCCCGCCAUAAAUACGAACACACUGGUAGGUUUACAUCUGUGUGCACCUUUGUGGUAAAUUUGCAAAUUAAAGUUUACUGUGAAGCAGGAAAACCCACUAACAUGUGUGGGGAGAAGUCGCAUCGGUUUGGUUGGAACCAGGUAGGCGUAUGAUUGGCCCGGGUCGCUGUGAUGUCCCGGUGUGAUUACACACAAUGGUACCCGGACCCAUUUACCAGCGACCCCGCUCAGACCGUCUAUGACAGCCGUGGCAUCGCAUGCUCUCAGGCGAGACUGAGAAGUGAGCAAUAACUCCUCCUGGGAGCCCGUUUUCUAGCUGGCGGUCUCACAUUCUUUUUCCUAGGCUGACUGCCCCUGUACCCAGAACGAGUAAUGAACUGACCUUCACGACAGCUCUGCCUUUCCGACUCACCACAAAGAAGUACGGAUUACAAGCUUUUGCCAGCGCUUUGUCAUUUACCAAAUUAUCAUAUUUUUGGUUUGGAGAGUUUCCAGUGUUACACAUAACCUACUCCAAGAAGUUUAUGGAAAAAACUCGUAUAUCAGCCAAAAUCAGAUACAUUUACUCAACCAUCAUCAUGUCUUCAUGGUGCAAAGAUGCAUCUGGGAAAAGAGUUUCGGCUUUCGGGCUUAGCAGAAUCUCAGUGUCGUAGUUGCUUUUAUCCAAACAAGCAGAAUCGAGAGCGUGACAUGUAAAAUAGGCACGUUGUUCAGCUUAGGUUAGGUGAGGUUUAGUCACGCCGGAAACGCCGGUAUACCAGUUCAGGUAUUAUCAUGAUGUUGACUAUGAGGUUGGAUAUGAGUAUAAAACUGCUGGGGAUUUGAUUGUCUUCUCGGAGAUAGUGCAUUCAUUUAACUGACUCAACUCUCCUCAGUUAUCGGAGCAUUCACACAUUUCUUUCCGUAGAACACUCAUACUCAGGUAUUCUCACGGGAGUCAGAUUACCUUACCCGGCGGUAGGAGCAUGCGAUAGAUAAAUAACUAACGCCAAGAGUGGGCUCGGAUGAGAAACUCGUUCCGCUGACUCGUUUUUCAUUGACGGCGCACAUACACACUCGGUAAUCGAGUCAAGCAGGACCUGUGCGCUUCAUAAACUCUCUUUGCUACUUUGCAGGUCUUCGACCAUUCGUCUGCCGUACCUGUUCCAAGGCCUUCAAGCACAAACACCACUUAACGGAGCAUCGUCGCCUUCACACCGGUGAGAAACCCUUUGAAUGUCAUAGAUGCGGUAAACGCUUCAGCCACUCAGGGUCCUACUCGCAACACAUGAACAUGCGCUACAAAUACUGUCGACCGUAG